UUCCAGAUGGAUUUGCUAUUCUUUUUGUUCCGAGAGCUUCAGUCGGCAGCUACCCUACUUCCCAUUCUCGGUCUCUUUAUCAUCAGAUCAUACAUAUUACCUACAGAUGCAGUGAACUCAUGCGUAGAUACUGAUAAGGAUGUAUUGUCCAAUGUGGGUCUCUAAAGCUGCAAGAGGAUGCGAUGACUGGCUGAAGCUCAACUGCCCUCUGAGCUGCUCAAUUUGUAGACCAACUCCUGACAAACCUCUUCCACGAACGAUCUCCUCUCUGCUUAACGCUAGCACAACAACAUGUACCGAUCGCCAUUCUCAUUGCUCAUAUUGGGCUAAUACGAGGCAGUGCACUAUAAAUCCAAAAUUCAUGUUAGCGGAGUGUUGUAAACAGUGCACCUUAAUUACGAGACACCACAUUCAAGCUAGAUUUUCAUAGCUUUUCAUGAAUCAAAUAAAUGAAUAGAUACAGGCAUAGCCCGUAUUUAAGCAGAACGAAUCUAAUUGUGCCAACGGGGU